UGUGAAAUACCAUUAUGAUCUAUACCUUUCAUCUCUAAUGUCUUAAUUUUGUUAAACAUUCAAACUUGACACUUUGCACUAAAUUCGCGCUAAUUAAAAAUUCUAAUUAGUUAACAUAAAAUGUUUGUCAGCAAUGAAGCCGGCUACACGUAAACGUGCUUGGAAUAAUUCGGCGUUUGCUUAUCAAUCCAAAUUUGACGUAGUUCAAACUGAUAAUGCUGCUCCGGUGAAGGAAAGUGACAUUGCUAAUGAUGAAGAAACUUUUGAAAAGAACAAAAUCACACACAAUAAUCCGCAAACAUCAAAAACUAUUUCCAUAUCGUCCAAAAGUAAUUCCAAUUGGAUUGAUAAAUUUGAACCAAGAACAUGUGAGGAGGUUGCUGUGCAUCCGAAAAAGUUGUCUGAAUUGAAAGACUGGCUACUGCAUUGCGAGGCCGUGCACAAACAACACCCUGCACAAAUUUGUCUCCUUACCGGACCAUCCGGUUCGGGUAAAACUGCAGCUGUACGUGCAUUGGCACGUGCACAUAAAUAUGAAUUGCAAGAAUGGAUAAAUCCAGUAGACCGUGAUAUGAUUAAUACGUUAGGGGAUCAGACGAGCAGUUAUACCGGUUCACAGAUAGAUUUUUUCAAAUCAUUCCUAUUUCGUUCGUCUCGUUAUAAAUCGUUACUGGGCAGCCAAAAACGACUUGUGCUAGUUGAGGAUUUCCCAAAUAUGUUACUAUCCAGUAUCGACGUAUUUGAAAGUAUUCUGGACGAAUUUUCAAAGUAUGGAAAAGCGCCACUUUUGUUCAUCGUAGCCGAUUCCAAAAGUCGUUCCUUAAACAUAAGCUAUAACCUUUUUACCGAAGAGUUAAAAAAUAAGUACCACAUCAAUCAUAUCAGUUUCAACCCGAUUGCGGUCACUUUACUACAAAAAGCAAUGAAAAGAUUUUGUGCGUUAAUGAGAGAGCAACAGUUCGCCGAUACUUACAAAGUGCCUACGGAGAACGUCAUAGACUCAAUUGUAUUUGCAGCGCAAGGUGAUAUACGUAACGCACUAAUAAAUCUACACUUUGCUUCUUUAAAAGGAGCAGGCGCUUUGCCUACAGAGCGUGUGGAAGCCUGUGAAGUGAAAGGAAAAUCUAAAAAGAAAUUAUCCACAUUAAAAACAAUACGUCGCGAUGAGUCCGUUACAAUGCUGCAUGCCUUGGGAAGAGUCUUCAAUCCUAAACGUUUGCCCGGCGGUACUUUCACGCACAUACCAGAAGAUAUAAGCGAUAGUUUUGCAACGGAACCAAAACGAUUUAUUGAUCUUAUACACGCAAAUUAUGUCGCACAUUUCAAGGAAAUCGAACAUGUAGUUGAGGCAGCGAACUCCUUGAGCAUCGCCGACAACAUUAUUACGGAAUAUCGUGAAGAAUCACUAUCACUGACCGCGCUUAAUAUAGCUGUGCGCAGCAUUAUGCAAGCGAAUGAGAGUCCAGUUAGUGCCUGGUUGCCCAUACGUGCACCAAAGCGUAGUCAACUGGACCUUUGUAAAACCCAAAAAAUAUCCGGCGUAUCUAAUAGCUUAUAUGCUACCGAUUAUCGUAGCUAUGUGCAAAUCAUUAAUCGGUCCACCAAAAACUGAAUACAACAAACGAUAAAAUAAUAGAAAUAUUAGUUUAUUUAGUUUGGUAAGAAUCUUAUUUAUUAAUAUAGAAGGGGGUUUAAGUUUCUUUUUUUUUUUAAUAAUGUAUCAAUGUAUACUGUAUGCUUUACUGUUAGUUAAUGAUUUGUGUUACGAUUGUUAAAUAUUUUUGAAUAAACUUGACUCGUACAUACACACAAGUAAA